GAGGAGAGUGCUGGAUUCAGCCGUUCAGAGCUCAGAUGGAGGUUUUUCCUCCCGCUGAGGAGAAUCUGACGGCAUGACGACGACUUCCUGAGAGAGAAAUACAGAGAGAGGGAGAGAGACAGAGAGAGAGAGAGAGAGAGAGAGAUCUUCCCCUCAGUUUCCACGGUGACGGCAUCCCUCCAUCCUCCUCCUCCUCCUCCUCCUCCUCCUCCUCCUCUUCUAUCAACAUCUCUCCGUCCGGCUGCUGUCGGCUCAUCGGCGUCGUCAGGAUGGUGGAUAAAGGAACCAGAGUGUUUAAGAAAGCCAGUCCCAAUGGAAAGCUCACUGUCUAUUUGGGGAAGAGAGACUUUGUGGACCACGUGGACCUGGUGGAGCCUGUUGACGGCGUCGUCCUGAUCGACCCGGAGUACCUGAAGGAGAGGAAAGUGUUUGUGACUCUGACCUGUGCGUUCCGUUACGGUCGCGAGGAUCUGGACGUCCUCGGGUUGACGUUUCGGAAAGACCUGUUUGUGGCGAACGUCCAGGCGUUCCCUCCACUCCCCGAAGAGAAGAGUCUGACUCGUCUUCAAGAACGCCUGAUUAAAAAACUGGGAGAACACGCCCACCCGUUCACUUUCGAGAUUCCUCUAAAUCUGCCGUGCUCUGUCACCCUGCAACCGGGCCCAGAGGACACUGGGAAGGCCUGUGGAGUCGACUUUGAGGUGAAAGCUUUCUGUGCAGAAAAUGUUGAAGAAAAGAUCCAUAAAAGGAACUCAGUGCGUCUGGUGAUCCGGAAGGUUCAGUAUGCUCCAGAGAAACCUGGUCCUCAGCCCACAGCAGAGACCACCAGACAGUUCCUGAUGUCGGACAAACCUCUGCACCUGGAGGCCUCUCUGGACAAAGAGAUCUAUUAUCACGGGGAGCCAAUCAGCGUCAACGUUCACGUCACCAACAACACCAACAAGACGGUGAAGAAGAUGAAAAUCUCAGUGCGACAGUACGCAGAUAUCUGCCUCUUCAACACAGCUCAGUACAAAUGUCCUGUGGCCACCGAGGAGUCAGAUGACGUGGUUGCUCCCAGUUCGACUUUCUGCAAAGUUUUCACUCUCACUCCGUUCCUGGCCAACAACCGAGAGAAACGAGGCCUCGCUCUGGAUGGAAAACUGAAGCACGAGGACACCAACCUGGCCUCAAGCACACUGUUAAGAGAAGGAGCCAAUAAAGAGAUCCUCGGCAUUAUCGUGUCGUACAAGGUCAAAGUGAAGCUGGUCGUGUCCCGAGGCGGGCUCCUGGGAGAUCUGGCGGCGAGCGACGUCUCUGUCGAGCUUCCUUUCACAUUAAUGCACCCGAAGCCGUUAGAAGAGUCCAUCUACAGAGACGCUCCAGAUGAAGCUCAGAUCGACACAAACUUGAUUGAGUUUGACACAAACGACGACGACAUCAUCUUCGAAGACUUUGCCCGCCAGCGGCUGAUCGGGGCGAAGGACGACAAGGACGAAGACGAGGAGCCGGUGGACUCGCCCAAACUCAACGACAGAUAGAGGCACCGGGCGUCGCCUGCCGCCACUGCUGCUGUUGUUGUUUCGCUGCUGUUUGUAGUGUGGAGCUAACGGAGGUCACCUUUAGGUCAAACCACAGUCUGGACACCCUUUAAACACUCGGUGGUGCCGUGUUUGUGUUCUCGUUUAUGUUCGUCCUCUCAUUGCGUCCUGCCGGGGUGUAAAAAGCUAGAGUACCACAGCCUAGUUGUGUUUUCAGACGGAGCAGCUCGCCGCUCCGGAGACUUGAACCGGCGACCGCGGCAUCGUAAUGACGGCUGGUAGCAUGCCUCUAAUGUCACUUUGUUCUAUGUGUUUCCAUUAGGGACCGAACAGGAGUAACGUUGUGUUGAGAUUAGUUUCGAUGUGUCGUAUCAGAGGGUCUUCAUAAACAACAAUACUGCCAACUUUGGUUGAUCUGGAACAGUUUGCCACUCGAGCCACGACGACACGGCCUUUGGCUGAUGGAGGUUUUUCGUUAACGGUCGGUCUGAAGCUGCAGAGCGUGAAGAAACACCGGAGGAAGGACGUCCCAACCUGUCGAGAGGACCUGAAACUGUCAGAGGGAGCCACCAGUCGGUUGAGGAACUGGUGGCCCAGUUUGCAUGAAGUGCAUCAAUACUUUAUUUGAUUUAUUAAUGUCAUGAAUAAUCAACCUUUAUAGAGGAUUUUAAAGGAGCAUAAAAGAGUUUGUUGUUGAUCAUUUUCCAAAUCGUCAGCUGCUGGUUUCUCUUCAUUUCUAUGAAAAUCUUCUUGAAGAGGAGACAACCAGAAACGCAUCAGCAAAAAAAUUUCCCUGACGGCCGUGCACUCCUAUCUUGUUAUUCUUACGUUUUUUGGGGCGAGUAAAAGUUAAAACACUCUCAACUAUUCGCACCGUUCAUGAGUGUCACAGAUGAAACUGUAAAACCAGAUGAGUUAAUUACACUCAAAACAUUUUGUGAAACUGAUUACAACAAAAAUCUUAAGACUAACCCCGUUUUGUCAGUAAAAAAAACAUUGUUGAUCAAGUAGCUUUAGUCAUUUUAGGUGACUUAAUUUUGUAAUCAUAUUGUUUAAAAAAAAAAACGAUUAAAAAGAACUUAAUCAAAGAUGUUAUUUAACUUGCAAAAUUGGGUUUGUGUUACUUAAGAAUUUUUAUAUAAUCUGUUUAUCUCAUUCGAGUGGAUUAUUAAACAUCAAAACUCUGAUGACAUGAACACAAGCUGUACUGCAAGAAUCAGGGAGAAGAAAACACUGAAUUGGUCAAAAAAUAAGUCUAUGAAGUCUGUAUGAUUGUUAAAAAUGUAAUAAAUAACAUAAUAAACAGAGGAUUGUAUAAAAGGUUUCUAUCAGAAAAACUCAUCUCUGAUCAAUAUUCACAGGAAAUAAUCAAUAUUAAAAUUCAUUUGUUUUACACAAACUUCCUACAGUUACUGAGUUCACUGUUUGGGUUGUACAGUUGAUCAGGUAUAUAAUAUGAAAUAUGCAUAAAAUAUGUCACAGUUUACUCAAUGAUAGCGUCCCUUAAGGAAAAAGGUUGGGAACCAGUUGAAUUCAAGGGCGUAACCAUGGCGGCACCAAAUCAGAGCCCUCCGACAUUUCCCACAAUUCUUUGAUACUAAUGAAAAUCUGGACAUUUAGAACGAUUUUUAUAGAAGGAAGGAAAUCAGUUUAAAAACUGAUGGAUGAUUCAGGAAAUGAUCAGCAGGGAUGUGAUGUAAACAGGAUGUGUUAUAACAGUUUUAAAAAAAAUGCAAAAAACACCAGUAUGGUCCUUUAAUGAGCAUUUAUUCAUGUGAAGUGUCAGGAGAGAUUAAUACAGUGUGUAAUUACUGAACAUUUAUUUCACAAAAUGAAUUAUUAAUUUGAACAUUCAAAGUAAAACUGUCAGAAACGUCAAUGUACAGUUGUGUUACUGUGUGUGUGUGUGUGUGUGUGUGUGUGUGUGUGUGUGUGUGUGUGUGUGUGGACAGACUGAAUGAACCUGUUUGGGGUUUUUUCACAACAACACAACAUCACAGGAUAACGAUCAAAAACCCCCAAAACAUUUUUAUUAUUUGUAACAAUAUUUGAAUUGGCUUUUAUUUUGACAGGCCCAGGAGGAAACCUGUAUAUUCCACUGCAUCUUUAAUAAAAGGACGUUUGUGGCAA